CGAGACCCACGAAGCGAGACGCAGAAAGAGACUGUCGCGCGCAGGAGGUCCCUCCGCGCCACCCCGUCCUUCGCCGCCCGGUGGGUCCCGCCCGCCCCCGCCCUCCGGGCCGCGCGUCCUCCGGCCCCGCCGCCCCCGGAGCGGAGGAUGAUGAAGCUCAAGUCCAACCAGACGCGCACCUACGACGGGGACGGCUACAAGAAGCGGGCGGCCUGCCUGUGCUUCCGCAGCGAGAGCGAGGAGGAGGUGCUGCUGGUGAGCAGUAGUCGCCAUCCAGACCGAUGGAUUGUCCCCGGGGGUGGCAUGGAGCCCGAGGAGGAGCCCGGCGUGGCCGCCGUGCGCGAGGUCUGUGAGGAGGCUGGAGUGAAAGGGACGUUAGGAAGAUUAGUGGGAAUUUUUGAGAACCGGGACAGGAAGCACAGGACUUAUGUUUACGUACUCAUCGUCACCGAAGUGUUGGAGGACUGGGAGGACUCUGUCAAUAUUGGAAGGAAAAGGGAAUGGUUUAAGAUAGAGGAUGCCAUAAAAGUUCUGCAGUAUCAUAAACCAGUGCAGGCCUCGUACUUUGAGACCUUGAGGCAAGGCUGUCUGGCCAACAACGGCACCCCGGUGAUGAGCACGCCGUACUCCGAGGGCUCCGUGUCCGACAUCAGAUGACUGACAAGAUCCCUGCCAGAGCAAUUCCCUAAAGCAGACUGAGACCUGGAUUUCCCUCCCCUCCCCGUUCCCAUGCCUCCUCCCUCACACCAGGCAUGGGGCAGAGCAAGUGUUCAGAGUGCUGCGAUUUAGUGCAAGGUGGGAUGAUUUUUUUUUUUUUGUUGUUGUUGUUGGCUUUUUUUGCUUUUUUUUUUUUUUUUUUUCUUUUUUUUGGAUCUGUAUUUUGUAAAAUACAUUUUGUGCAUGAAGUGCCCCUUUCCCGGUACUCCGCUCCACGGCCUGGAGGCUGCCAGCCCCGCAUCUGCCUUGUGCUCUGAAGUGUCCCAAGUGUCCCCUUCGUGUCACCCCAGCCAGAGCCACUUUUUUUUUUUUUUUUUUUUUUUUUUAAUUAAAAGACUUCCAAUGUGA